GAAUGGCCACAAAAUUUCUGCAACUUCGAUAUCAAUUUACCAACUGCUAUUCACUCUCUCUUCCCCUCCUCCCUUUAAAAUUUCGCCAUUUUCAGUCUGUAAUUGUGCUGUCUUUUCUCUUUCUCUCUCUCUUUCUGCAGCCCCUAGUGAAGGAGGUGGACAGGGAAAAGACUCCUCUUACCGACGUUCAAUCACCCCACCAUUCCUCCGACCUCUGCUAUCUCUCAUCUCAUCUCAUCCCUAAAAUUGCCAUUAAUUUAUUCACGAUUCCAAACACACGACGUUCGAUUUCCGUUUUCCGUUUUCCAUCCUCGUUAUUGCGUAUUAAUUCCGAUCUGGAUCGAUUCUGAAGGAUUUCUGUAGAACGACUUGAUGUAUGCGUUGUUUCUGCAAUAGAUCUCGAAAGAAUUCUACAAGUUAAUCGAGAAAUGUCGCUUUUGCCGAAAAGCGAUUCGAUUCAGAUUCGUGAGGUGUGGGAUGACAAUCUAGAAGAAGAAUUCACAUUGAUUCGAGGUAUUGUUGAUGAUUUUCCUUACAUAGCAAUGGAUACCGAGUUUCCAGGGAUUGUUCUUCGUCCCGUCGGUAAUUUCAAAAACAGCAACGAUUAUCAUUACCAAACAUUAAAAGACAACGUCGAUAUGUUGAAAUUGAUCCAAUUAGGGUUAACUUUCUCCGACAAGCAAGGCAAUCUGCCGACCUGCGGAACAGAUAAGCAUUGCAUUUGGCAAUUCAAUUUCCGUGAAUUCAAUGUGAAUGAUGAUGUUUUUGCAAACGAUUCGGUCGAGCUUUUGAGAGAGAGUGGUAUAGAUUUUAAGAAAAACAACGAAAAAGGUAUCGAUGCACGGAGAUUCGGGGAGCUGUUAAUGUCAUCAGGGAUUGUUUUGAAUGAUAAUGUGUAUUGGGUGACUUUCCACAGUGGAUAUGAUUUUGGUUAUUUAUUGAAGGUGCUGACUUGCAAGAAUCUACCUGAUACACAAGCUGGGUUCUUUAGUUUGAUCAAUAUGUAUUUUCCGACCAUUUAUGACAUUAAGCAUUUGAUGAAGUUCUGUAAUAGUCUUCAUGGAGGGUUAAACAAGUUAGCUGAACUGUUGGAAGUGGAAAGAGUUGGGGUUUGUCAUCAGGCUGGUUCAGACAGUUUGCUUACUUCUUGUACUUUCAGGAAGUUGAAAGAGAAUUUCUUUAGUGGUUCAUUGGAGAAAUAUGCUGGUGUUUUAUAUGGUUUAGGUGUUGAGAAUUGACAGUGCUUUGCAAUUGCUAAAAAAAAUAUAAAAAAAAAGAUUAUAAAAGAUGGUAGUUGUAUCAAUGUAUGUUAAGUUACAAUUUGUGUUGUAAUGGCACCACAGCUUGUACACUUCUUGAGGAUAAAAAAGGUUACUUUUUGAUUUUUUCU